AUGGACGACGUUCGCAGCAUUAAUUGGCAGAUCGAUCUGCUAAACAGUCAAGUUGUGCUGAAGGGAUGUGAACGGGCUGGAUUUGUGCUACUAACAGCUGCACGGGCCAGCGUGACACAGAAGGUGCAUCGAUGUGUAUGGCGAAAUGGGCAGCUUUUAGGAAAGAAGUCAUGGUCUUCCAUUAUAUCGGGUAUGCAGUACUUUGCGCCCAUUUCUAUUGUCAACGGGCGUACUGUUGAGUCGUUCAGAUGGCUCACAAGAGAGGUGUGUUUCGAGGACUGCAUUUGGAAGUUAACCGAAUGUGAUGGACAAAUUGCUAUUGCUCAAAUACAGAUCAGGAACUUCUUGGAUGAGCGGGUUCAAACUCGACAACCUUCUAUAAGACUAAUGGUUCGCGAUAUGGCUCCAGUUGGAGGAAUAUGCGUGAAGGAAUUGUUUGAAGUAAAUAUUGCGCCGAUGGUAGCCCAGCUCACCUAUCGGUUUUUUGAAAAGAUGAUGCUCUUCUUUUUCCCUGGACGUAACAUUCACAAGGAAGAUAAUCUGGAUGCAGUCGAAGAGGGUACUCCA